AUGGUGCAGUACGUUCUGACGCCUUGGUGGGACAGAAACGAGCUGCUCCUUGUACGGGAUCAGUUCUACGCGGCAAGCAGCGACAACUCUUCGAGCCCGAGUCCCGCCCGCCGUUACGCGUCGCAUCCUGAAGGCAGCGAGGUUUCGAAUCAAGACCAUCAUGCAAGGAGCCAGCCCAGUCAAAGCGCAGACGCUGACGGUGGCACUACCGACCAGCAGAGGCAGGCCGUGGCUCGCGUUUCCAUGUGGAUGCAGCGCGGGAACUGCCCCCAUCUGGUGGAGGCCACGGCUCUCCUGACGGCAGCCGUCUUGAGCGACCAUUUUGGGGGUGCUGACGCCGGGGGCAGUUAUGCGGUGCGAGCAGCCUACUCAGCUGCCUUUAGUCGCUUUGUCACCGGCCUCCUGGACGGGCACCAGGACAAGCAGCGCAAACAAAGCAUGUACUCCAUCGCCAAGACCAUAGGCCUCCCCGCGACCUUUGUCGAACUACGUCACCAAGCUACCCACGAGCAUCUGCCGUCGUUGGCGAAACUACGUGCUGCAGCUCGCAAAGCGCUCGCUUGGAUAUGGGACUAUUACUGGAAGGACUUGGCUGAUGAAAGUAGGGCUCCAAAACGUGAUGCUUGUAGGGAGGCGGUGCUGGAAUAUCUCCGCGGAGAGGGGGAUGAUACGCAGAGGGAGAAGACGAUGCGUAGGUUGGGUGGGUUUGAUAAAGACAGAGUGUUGGCGGUCAUUGCCGUCUUGCAGGCGGAAUUGCCGGGGAAUCAGGUGUAUUUGAGAUGUUUGAAGCUUUCUAAGGAAAUGAUGAUGAGGGUGGAUGAGGAAGAGAAGGAGGAUGAAGAGAAUGGCGACGACGACGACGACGGAGGCGUUGGUCAAGAAGAGAGUCUGGAUGGUGCUGCUGCUGAGAGCAGCAGCGGAUGGUGGUUGUAUGAAGGUGAGUGGAAGGCAAAGCCGAUUGGGAUGGUGUGA